AGCAGCCAGACAAGAAAAGACGGACGGACUGUGUGUCGGAGCUUAUCGCAGGAAACACGCUACCAAAUUCCCCAGAGUUUCCCCGAAGAGUAUCCAUGUAGUCAGCUGUUACAUGAACUCAGUUCAUGACAGUUGGGGAGAUGUGAGAUUCCUAUCUGUGACAGCACAUGCUGACCAAACAGGGGACUAAUGGGAAAGCUUUACCUGCUGCUGCACCCGCCGUCUCCACUGACAUGACCCCAGGAGAAGUGGAACGCGGAUGACACUGUGAGCCAGGGGGAUUCAACAUUUGGGCCAAGAUAUCCUCACACUGAGCCAAAAAGAAACUUGUUCUAGUUUACACCAGAAAAGAAAAUACACUCACUGAGACACAUUCCCAAUCAGCCAACGCAAUGCUGCUGCCAGGACCACUGUGGGUGUGUCUGGCACUGUUAUGGCUUGGAGGCUGCAGUGCCCACAGCCUGUUUACCUGUGAGCCAAUCAAAGUGCAUCGUUGCCUGGGGAUGCCAUACAACAUGACUUUCUUUCCCAACAUGAUGGAACACUACGAUCAGGAUAUUGCUGCCAGCAAUAUGGAGCCAUUCAUGCCCCUGGCCAACCUUCGCUGCUCUCCAGAUGUACACCACUUCCUGUGCCAGGCCUUUAUCCCAGCAUGCUCCGAGGAGAACAAAGUGAUCCGUCCGUGUCGAGAGCAGUGCGAGACCGUUCUAUCCGACUGCGAGGAGAACAUCCGAAUCUUCGGUAUCAGCUGGCCUCCCGAACUACAGUGUGACCAAUUGGACCCAUGCGGCUCGGAUGGUUCUGAGCUUUCUGCAACCACCCCGAUGAGCUCUGCAUCAGCUAAGAGGGACCUGGGCUUCUGGUGCCCACUGCAGCUGAAAACCAAGCCAGGCCACGGCUCAUCGUUCCUGGGCGCCCAGGACUGUGCUCCGCCUUGCUCCAACAUGUACUUUAAACCCCACGACAUCGACUUUGCCAAGAGCUUCAUCGGCGUGUGCUCCAUUAUCUGCCUGGGCGCCACACUCUUCACCUUCCUCACUUUCCUAAUCGACGUGAAACGUUUCCGCUACCCCGAGCGUCCCAUAAUCUUCUACGCCGUCUGCUACAGCUUUGUCUCGCUCAUAUACUUCAUCGGCUUCCUGCUGGGGAACAAUGCAGCCUGCACCAAGGCAGCCCAUCCUGCCGGUGUGGAUACAGUGGUGCUAGGCUCUCAGAGCAAAGGCUGCACUCUGCUUUUCAUGCUCCUCUACUUCUUCUCCAUUGCCGGGAUCGUCUGGUGGGUCAUACUCACCAUCACCUGGUUUCUAGCUGCCGGACCCAAAUGGAGCUGUGAGGCCAUAGAGAAAAAAGCGGUGUGGUUCCACUCUGCUGCCUGGGGCAUCCCCGGAGCGCUGACUGUCAUGCUGCUGGCUCUCAACAAGGUUGAAGGGGACAACAUUAGCGGGGUUUGCUUCGUGGGACUCUACGACCUGGACGCCCUGCGCUAUUUCGUUCUGGCUCCUCUGUGUGUGGGCGUCAUAGUCGGCCUCUUCCUCAUCCUGGCAGGCAUCGUUUCUCUCAAUAACGUCCGGCAGGUAAUCCAGCACGACGAGCGCAACCAGGAGAAGCUGAAGAAGUUCAUGAUCCGCAUCGCCGUGUUCAGCUGCCUCUACCUGGUCCCGCUGGUCACCCUGUUGGCGUGCUAUACCUACGAACAGAGUCACCGCAGCACCUGGGAGAAUACCUGGAUCAACGACCGCUGUCAAGAGUACAGCAUCCCCUGCUCCUACAAGACAACAGAGUAUGACCGUCCUGACCUCUCCUUGUUUCUGGUGAAAUACUUGAUGACGCUGGUGGUUGGAAUAUCUGCAGUGUUCUGGGUCAGCAGCAAAAAGACCUGCUCCCAGUGGGCCUUCUUCUUCAGCAGGACCCGCAAGAGAGAUCCCAUCAGUGAGAGCCGUCGGGUGCUCCAGGAGUCCUGCGAGUUCUUCCUCAAGCAUAACAGCCGCGUCCAGCACAAGAAGAAACACUACAAGCCGAGCUCCCACAAGCUCAAGGUCAUCUCUAAAUCUAUGGGAACGAGCACCGGCGCCGCACCCACCAAUGCCUCCACCACCACCGCCGCCACCACCACCAAUCAAGGAACCUCCGCUCUGGGCAAUCACGAUCCCCACACACAAGGUUCCCUGUCUGAGAUGUCAGCCAGGGAGUACCUGGACAGGGGUGCCUCCAGCCGAAGCUCCAGGCGUGGGGAGAGGGAGAGAGAGAGGGAGGGAGGAGAGAGACGUAGCAAAGGGGGAAACUCCAGUAAGGUCAGCAGCCGCUCAGAGAGCUUGCACAGAGUCCCAGAUGGGAGGAUGACUCCAAAGAGCGAGCUGUCAGAGGCCAGGCAAGUUCCAAGUGGACAGCAGCAUCCAGCUUUAAACCGAUCACACAGCAGCAGCAUCCAAGACUCCAGCCACCAACUGGUACAUAAGGUGCCUGAGGAGAGCAAGGACACAAAGGACUGCAGCUGCUGAGACAUCCGACCCCCAAAAUUAUCCGUUCAACCAUCCAUCCACCUUCGAAACCACUAAGACAAGUGAUGCUGGUUGAUGUACCUGUUUCAAACCAUGCACUAUCAUACAUCAUAUUAGAUCUAUACAUCUGAUCAUGAUUGUAUUGGUUAAAUUGUAGUCAGUGAACGUCCAUGGCCAGAAAAAGUACCUCAGGUAUUUUAAAUGUGGUAUUUUGGACCAGUGUACAGAGAAUCUGGGUUUUUUAGCUGAGUGUCUUAAAGCUUUACUGAGCUUUUUGCCAUACACCUGAAUGUUGCAGCAGCACAGCUGUAUCCCAACUAUACAACUACCAAUGGUCAUUUACUUUUAUAGCAUGCAUUAAAAACUUCCUACUGUUUUGUAGAUUUGUAGCUCAAUUGUGUAGAAUGCAUAUUAGUGAAUAAAUGCAAUAUUUAUGUAAAUAUUCUACUUUUUUAGAAAUGAAAUCUUUCACUGGACUAGUCGCGACACUGAGAAUCUUGUUAAGAAGGUCAUGAUGUUACCAAACAUUCAAAGUAAGGAAAGUCUUCCUUUGGUAAACUGUUUUAUUGAAUGUCUUAUUCCUGGAAUGGAGGUUUUGUCUUUAAACCUCGUGUAGUAAAACACACUGUGUGCUACUUUUUUACCACUUUUGAUAAAAGGCAUAUUCUUAAACUUGAUAUCAUUGAAUUUUAGACCAUGUUGAAUUUAUGAGUCUUCUGACAAACUUUUCUUAAAAGCUGUACUUUCAUUCUAUGUUUAUGUCAAGUUUUCAACUUGUUUCUGUUGUACAAAAAACAUGUAUUCUGCAGUUUCUCUUCAAAGAUGUGUCCUGUGAAUUUGGAUCAAGUAUAGCUUUAUAGUUUUUUUUUGUUGUUUUUUUUUAAAUGUGCCUUCCUUUGAGUGGUUCCUCACCUUCAAAGAUCUUCAAAGAACCUACAGAUGUUUAGCAUGUGUGACGGUUAAACAUGCUCUCGGUGUAGGUGUCAUUCAUAUGAUUUUGAAUCAGUUUGAGGAAACAAAUCAAACAGGCUUUGCACUAUUUGUAAUUAAAAGCACAAACCACUGAUUUUUAAGCAUGAUUAGUCAUAAACAAAUACAAAAAAAAAAAAGGAUUUGAGACCACGUUCAGGGUUUAUUUAAAACACAUGGACCAUAUAUCUCUCCUUCAAGUACAUCCAGAACUACAGCUGCAGUUAUUUUAAAAUCUGUCUAUUUUGCUUUGUAAGGGAUUCAUUCUUCCCUUAACUUUAUUUACCUUUUUUGUAUUUGGGAGUUACAGAACAAUCCCAGUGACACUAAUUAAAAGGGAAUCGAUGUCAUUGUGUAUUCUUAUUCUGGCAUGUGGAUGGGGGUCUUGCUUAUGAUGUAUCUAGACCUAGUGUAGUCUAUGAAUGCUCUUUUGUGAGCCAUUUUACUGUUUUUUUAUGUAGCCUAUUUUGUCAAUUGAAUUUUGUAUCAGUCCCAUUUCAUUUUGAUAAAAUACUGAAUAAUAAAAAAACUGGAAUGUA